GCAGGCCAGCCGACAAUAAUCGGAAACGAUCCUUCUCAUUCCGAACGGGGUGUUUCUUAGGCGUACUCGAGAACGGCGAGAUGGUGUCAUUCGAAAAUGUUCUUGAAUACUGAGCCAGGAAAUUAUGUAUUGGCCAUGUGGUGUGCCUCAGGUCUUUGCAUACCAUGGCCCGGAUCCAGAGAUAGUCGAGGAAGAUUCGGCGCCAGUCAAAGCAAGUCAUGACAUUGAUGAAUCUGCCCCUAAUAUCGCAGCUAGGGAGCAGGAUAAUGGCAUCAAAGACAUACAGGCAGCGCGCAAUGAUCAUCUGUUCGCGACAGUCACUCACACCAGACUCGAUUUGUGGUCAACCCGUCCGGUAGCUUUACUCGCCUCCCUCUCAAGAUCAUCGAAAUCCUUGCAGACGUACGGAACCAAUCUGUCUGUCAACUUCAAGCCAGACGCGGCGACCAUCGUUAUUCGCACAACAGAAAGCUAUCUGAUCACCUACUCGGUGGAAAGCGAUCCGAAUGCACGCGUUCUGCAGCAACAAUAUGGCUACAGUCAAGCCAAACGCCAGAACCUCAUGCGGAGCUUCGGUGUAGACGAGACUGCAGGCUUUGCUGAGGUUCUUCUGCGGUUUAGGCGCGCCAUUAAAAUCGAUGCGGGAAUACAUUCUGUAAUUGCCUUGGACGCAGAAUUAGUCGUGGCGACCGUUAAGCCUGCAGCUGUGCAAUGUAUCAGAUGGGAGACGCAGAAGGACGGUUCCCGCGCUGUUGCUCAGUUGCUGUCCAAGAUGGACUGGAUUGGCCAAAAGUCUGGGAUAUCAAGCAUGGUUCAUGAUCGCGCGAUGAAUCUUUCAGUCUGGUUAUCCCAGGACGGCCAUGCAUACGCAGUCCAACGAGUCAAGCCUCAGUUGUCCCAAGCGGCGUCUUCAGACGACUCUCUUCCUUCCCCACGAUCCUCCACGACUCCUUCGACGCGACUCUUUGACGGUUACUGCUUCCACAAGCCCGAAACCUCUUCUGAAGCCAAAUUCGCCAGCAUCAAUGCUAGAUUCUCGCUUGUCGCAAUCGCCACUUUUGCGGGAGAAGUCAUAUGCUAUGCUGCUAAAGAUUACGUCGGGAAUAUUCCCCUCUCUCACACAUUCAAACCUUCCACCUCCCCGUCUUCCAGAGGCGCCAUAACGUGCCUGACAUGGUCACCCGACGGAUACUGUCUCUUCGCCGGCUACGAGCAUGGGUGGUCAACAUGGUCUGUCUUCGGAAAAGAAGGCGCUUCAAGCUUUCACUCCAAUCUUUCUCACGCUGAGUCCAAUAAUGAGAGUUGGCUUCUUUCCAUUCAGAGAGCAAGCUGGAUUAGCAGCGGGGCCGAGAUCCUCCUCACAUCCUCGGAUGACGAUCGAAUAUGGAAGAUGGAAAUCUCGCGCAGUGCAGCCAUCGGCUGCUUCUCGUGCGCUAAUCUUGUUCGAGCACUUCUUCAUACACCGAAUGAAUUGACUGUCUAUCGAGGUCACGAACUUCCCGACUUGACGUCUAUUUCUAACGAGGCAUCACUUUGGCAUCACGCUCCAUACCCACCUGUGUAUCUCAACAGUCAGUGGCCCAUAAAAUCAUGCGUCAUAUCGCAAGACGGAAGAUACACCGCCAUUGCCGGCCGACGCGGCCUUGCCCAUUACAGCCUUCAAAGCGGACGAUGGAAGACAUUUGCCGAUAUCGCCGCAGAGAAUUCCUUCGCAGUCCGUGGAGGAAUGUGCUGGUUCAAUCAUAUCCUGGCCGUCGCGACCGAAAAUGCUGCUGGAUAUGACUUACGGCUGUAUUCUCGCGAACUCGACCUUGGCCGCUUUCCGCUUCAUACCGAAGCAUUUUCCACGCCCAUUGUGUUUGUUGGCCCUUCAGGCGAAGAUUCGCUACUUGUCUACACUCACGACAACGUUCUCUAUCAUUACAUCCUCAACAUAACUGAAAGAGGGGCCCAACUUGUCCAGGUAGGCCAAAUCGCCUUCCACGGUAUCGUCCGAGCACCCAGUCGAGUCCGCUCGGUCAGCUGGGUUGUGCCUGACUCGCAAUUGCGAAAUGGUGAUCCGUCACGAGACGUGGAAUUUGCUUCUGUCCUUUUCCUGGUGGACGACAAAUUGGUGUUAUUGCAGUCGUCGCGAAACGAGGAGGACGAACUUAAAUACGACAUGCGCGUCAUUGCUCAGCAUGUUGAAUACUACAUCCUCAUGCGCGACCAGAUGUACUUCAACUUCACUGGUACGGAUGAAUCUGGGCCGCCAACUCCCUCGCCUGGCUCGGCAUUUACGACGAGGAGUAAGCACCAUUACUCGCUAAGGGAUUCCCUGUGGAUAUUCAGCGGCGAGGAACUCAGAGUGUGGCCGGAUGUACGCGACUUGCUCCACCAUGCAGCCGAGGGAGACUUGAAUACAUCGGCAUUGCUUUCUAUGUCUGUCGACUUCUACCCGCUGUCGAUUCUGCUGACUAAAGGUGUUGUUUUGGGAAUUGAGUCGGAAAUACUACAGCGACGAGACGUCAAUUUUGCCCAGUUCAGGUCAGGCAUUCGGACCCAGCUCUUCCUGCCGUACAUUCUUCGUCAUCAGUUGUGCGAAGAACAUGAUACAGCUGCAGCGUUCGGCCUGGCAAACCAGUACCAGCACCUAUCAUACUUUCCGCAUGCUCUGGAGAUUCUUCUGCACCACGUGCUUGAUGACGAAGUCGACAGGGUAAGGCAAGCGAAGGCAGAAGACGAAACACCAGGACCGUUGCCUGCAGUCCUGUCAUUCCUACAGCUUGUCCUGCCUCCAACGACCUACCUGUCGACCGUCGUCCAGUGUAUUCGCAAGACAGAGCUGAGCUCCUGGAGGACCUUGUUCGAGCAUCUCCCGCCACCGCUCGCCCUCUUCGAGCAGGCAUUGGAACUUGAAGACCUAAAGACGGCAAGCGGAUAUCUGAUUGUCCUGCAAGGGUUAGAAGAAGACGACGAGUCGGACACUUACGACGCCCGGAAGUUCGAGAGCUACGUGAUCAGGCUGAUGAAACUGGCUCGGCAAAAAUCCGACUUUGAAUUAUGUUCGGAACUGGCGAGAUUCAUGAUCGGUGUCGACCCUAGGGGCGAUGCUUUAAGGCGAGUCAUUGCGGCCGUCGGAUUCACGAACAAGCAAACCUACCUCGCUCCCAUCAGGACAGUUUCAGCGCAGAUGAGGACCUCGUCUGGCAAUAGGACAAGCGAGAGCAGUCCGGGUGGAAGUGUAAACAGGUUGAGUCCGGGGAGUGGCGGCGAUUACUUUUCGUCGUCCCCAGGCGGGUAUUAGUUUUAUAGAGAUACGCGCAGCAUUGAAAAUAUUCGAAGCGGAUAGUAAAGUUUCGCUUCAGUAUGCUUAAG